AUGGUCUCAUAUAGGUGUAUUCAGAAGACAUAUCCUUCACAGCUUCCAUCCCUCAGUGUCGUUCUCAUGUUCAUGAACGAAGCCUUGUCCAUUAUACAACAGGCCAUUACCAGUAUCAUCAACCUGACCCCCUCCCAACUGUUGAAGGGGAUCAUCGUGGAGGGCAAUUUGAGUUCAAAUGGAGAACUAAAAGGAAAUUUGGAUGAGAAUAUUAAGCUUUACAACCAGAAGUAUCCAGGACUACUGAAAAUAGCCCAGCAGACAAGGAGAAAAGGUCUUGCUCAAGUAUGAAACACUGACUGGAAAGUGGCCACAGCUGGCGUGGUUGCCAUCUUGGAUGCUUAUGUUGAAGUGAACAUUGGUUGGGGAGAGCCUAUCUUGGCUCAGAUUUAGGAAGACCACACUGUGAUUGUGUUGCCUGUGUUUGACACCUUUGAACUGACUAGGUACGAAUUGACGGCUGAUUGGUUUAACUGGGAACUUUGGUGCCACUAUGAUUUACUGCCAAGGGUCUGGAUUUAUCUGAAUUAUGUCAUUGCACCAGUGCAGAGUCUUUCCAUCCUGGACAUCUUGGCUGCCAACAGGCUCUUCCUGGGAAAGAUCAGAUCUGUGGAUGGAAUCUAUGGAAGAGAGAAUGUGGAACUUAGCCUGAGGAACUCUGGAAUCGAUUAUGGACACACAUCUUCCAGAAUGGCACUCCGGGAGAAACUGAAAUGUAAACCUUUUGACUGGUAUCUGAAAAAUGUUUAUCCAGCCCUGAAUCUAAUCCACAACUCUGUGGACUACAGUCAAAUGAAAAACCCAUUGGAUGAACAUAUAUGCCUGGAUCAGGGACCUAUUCCAGGCAAUACACUUGUCAUGUAUUACUGUAAUGAAUACAGCCCACAAAAUGUCUACUACUGCCUAACUGGAGAGAUGUACGUGGGACAACUGAUUGCAGAGGCAGGUAUUGAUGAUCACUGUCUGACAGACCCUGGCAGUGGGGAGAAGCCCACUUUACAGCCAUGUUCCAAGGCAGUCAAAAAUAGACUGCACAUAUUUGGGAUUUUAAACUGAUCACAUACUUUUAAAAGGGGAAGAGCCCUCAUAAACAGAACUACCAAACACUGUCUGGAAAUAAAGAAGGACACAGGUUUUUACAUGCCUGUGCCCCAGACCUAUACCACGCAAGUGUGGACAAUUCAGCAUACUGUCCAAAACUGGGGGUCCAGCUAA